ACAACACAACUACGACUAAACAAUUACGGAGACGACACAACUACGACUAUAAACAAUUACGGAGGCAACACAACUACGACUAUAAACAAUUACGGAGACAACACAACUACGACUAUAAACAAUUACGGAGACAAUACUACUACGACUAUAAACAAUUACGGAGACAACACAACUACGACUAUAAACAAUUACGGAGACGACACAACUACGACUAUAAACAAUUACGGAGACAACACAACUACGACUAUAAACAAUUACGGAGACAAUACUACUACGACUAAACAAUUACAGAGACAACACAACUACGACUAUAAACAAUUACGGAGACGAUACAACUACGACUAUAAACAAUUACGGAUACAACACAACUACGGCUAUAAACAAUUACAGAGACAAUACAACUACGGCUAUAAACAAUUACGGAGACGACACAACUACGGCUAUAAACAAUUACGGAGACGACACAACUACGACUAUAAACAAUUACGGAGACAAUACAACUACGACUAUAAACAAUUACAGAGACAAUACAACUACGGCUAUAAACAAUUACGGAGACGACACAACUACGACUAUAAACAAUUACGGAGACAAUACAACUAG